CCGCCCCGGCGGCCGCCCCGCCCCCCCCCUCCGGCGCCCCACAGCGGCUGCCGGCGGCGCUGCGGGACCCCCCGGGCGGCGGUGGGAGGCUGCAGGGCCACCCCACAAGGGCCGUGCCGUGGGGCUGAGCGUGGGUCAGAGGUCGCCAGGGGUCAGAGCUGUGGGUUGGAGCCCGCCGUGGGGCUGACCUCGCCGUGGGGCUGAGCUCUCCGUGGGGCUGAGCCCGCUGUGGGGCUGAGCUCUCCGUGGGGCUGACCCCGCCGUGGGGCAGAGCCCACCGUGGAGCUGAGCUCUCCGUGGGGCUGACCCCACCGUGGGGCUGACCCUGCUGUGGGGCUUAGCCAGCCGUGGGGCUGACCCCGCUGUGGGGCUGACCCCGCCAUGGGGCUGAGCCUGCUGUGGGGCUGAGCCCGCCGUGGGGCUGAGUCUGCCGUGGGGCUGAGCCCACCGUGGGGCUGACCCCGCUGUGGGGCUGAGCUCGCCGUGGGGCUGAGCCUGCCGUGGGGCGCCCCAUGCUGCCGCGGGUGCUGCGGGCGCUGCUGGAGGGGCCCCGGCCCCCCCCGGAGCAGGAGCCGGGGGUCGUGCUCAGCUCCUACCGGCCCCACCCCCCCGACACCGACCCCCCCGAGGCGCAGGAGCGGGAGGCGGCCCCGGGAGGCGCCAUCUUCGCGCUGAGGCCCCGCCCCCCGCGGGCCCCGCCCGGCGCCUGCGCGCGGCGCCCCUCCCCCGCCUGGUGCGGCACCUGCUGGAGGCGCCGGCGCUGGGCGACGCCGCCUUCGUCCCCGCCUUCCUCGGCACCUUCCGCGCCUUCGCCCCCGCCCCCGCCGUGCUGCGGCUGCUGCUGCGCCGCAUGGAGGAACUCGGGGCGCUCUCGGCCACCCCCGACACCCCGGAGCUGACGGAGGCCAAGGCGGCGCUGGCGGCGCUGCUCUGCUCCUGGCUCGACGGGUACCCCGAGGAUUUCGGGGGGCCGCAGCUGCCCCCCCCGGCCGAGGGGCUGGCCCGCGUGCUGGGGCCCGGCUGCGAGGCCGCCCGGCGGCUGCGGGCGCUGGGGGGGGCCCCCCCCGACCCCCCCCCCGCCGCCGGAGGAGGAGGAGGAGGAGGG